AUGGUUCAGGGCUAUCUUAAUGUCUCCAGCGGACAGGUUCAAGCCAAAUAUGAGACUCAACCUUCUAUGAAGAUACCGGUGUCGCUGGCCCAGAGCCUCAUGACCACCAAGCAGCUGAACCAGAAUAUACUGGCGCUGCGACAGGUUGCUUUCAGCAAAUUCGAUAUGCAGAUUCGCCACCCCUCAUCGCAUCACGAUGUGGAGACAAUGAACAUACCGGCGAUCUACAUCUCUUUGCUUGAAGAGACAGUGUACCUUCGCGGACCAGGAAACGGCUUUGAAUGGGGCCAUGGCCAUACUGUUAAGAUUACACAGUGA